AUGUCUCUCAAAAGAUACGGCGUCUGGGUCGUCAAGCCUGAAUCCUACGACGCCCAAACGCCACGCCAGGACAGCAAGUCGCCGCACAUCACACUCAAGUUCACAGACGAUGGCAGCGGCGGCUCCGCAGAAAUCAACGUCAAAUCCCUCGACAGCGACAAACGACUCGUCUACUGGGUCAACCGCAACUUUACGCACCCCAUCACCUCCGACCUGGACAACCUCAACCUAGGCCUCCGCAACAUCACCAAAGGCUCCAAAUCCGACCUCGCUCUCGACUUUCAACGCACUCAACCCGCUCUCUUCAACGUCGAGCAAGGCGAGAUCUUACCAUCCUACGCCAAAGGCCCCAACAACGACAUCCUCGACAAGCUGGAGCCGAUCUUGAACCAGGCCAUCAAGGAGAAAGCUACCAUGUACCUCUACGGCCAGAGCUACCACGACUCGGAUGACGUGGACGGGAUUCACGAUAUUCAUAUGAAUCAGGGCAAUGAGAAGGGGUUUGAGAACUCGAUCUAUAGUGAUGGGAGCUUCUUUGUCAAGUUUCAGGAUGGCCAUUGGGAGGCGGUGUUUUUGGCUUUUGCUUCGCAGGCCCUGCCGACGGAUGAUAAGGGGGAUCCGAGUGAGGGUGCGAAGAGGUUCGAUCAGGUUCUUGAGCAGUCUUAA